AUGCCCCGAAGGAAACAGCACGCUCCGCAACGUAUGAAAUGGGAGGACGGAGUCGAAGGCUCAGGGCCUGGCGCGGACCUCCAGGGGGAGGAGGGCGAUUGCGCGGAGGAUGACGGGCCAAUUAGUCCUAGCGAGAGGGGUUGCACGGCUGCAGCCAAAGAGGAAGAAGAUGGGGACGCGACCGACGAGGAGGACGAGGAGGACGCAUCGCCGGCCACGCCGCUACCUUCCGCAACCGCGAGACUGAAUCCAACGAUUUCGAGGGACACUGGACCGCCGGACAGAGAGCCAAUGAGUCCACGUUGUCCCUCGAGAGACUCUCGGGAAUCGUCCGGGCCGGCGACCGGAAGUCCGCCGCCGCCACCGACGAGGAGCACCGCGAGCCCGGUCAGUCCGAGCGGGAUCGUGCCUCUACCGCUCGGCAGCCAUCCGCUCUUACCAUCCCAUUCCGCGGCAAUGAUGGCCGCCUAUCUCCAACAGACCCACCAGAGACUGCUUCUCGGCCACUCGCCGCUCUCCCGCGGCUCCGUGUCGCCGUUGGUCUCGUCCUCGUGCUCGCCACCGGCUGCCACUCCGGGGCUGCUGGUCUCGCCGAGCAGCGUCGGCGAGGUGUCACCCUCGGCCACCCCUUUACCCGCCGUCCUCGACUUCAGCACGAGGAAAGCCUCCUCGACGGAGGACGACGAGGACGAGCAGAUACUGAACCUGAGCAAGCCACCGACGCCCUCCUCCUCCACCGAGACGAACAACGGCCCGUUGGAUCUGUCUGUGUCGAGCAGAAAACGGCCAGGUCCGGAGGAUUCGCCGCCGGUCGCGGCUGCGGCCACUAGUCAGCAGCAACUCUCGCCGAAGAGCACCGCCGGCGUGGUCGAGCAUCAUCAGCAGCUCUGGAACGGCAAGAUGAAGCCACCGUCCGCUUUAGACAAGCCCUAUCAGCCGAGCGAGGCGACCAAAGCGCUCGAGAAGAUGAGCGAGCUGAGCAAAUUAGGCGGCGAGGAUCUGUUCAGGUCGAGUUCCGUCGGAGCGAGUGGCGGUGCCGGUGGAGCCGCGGCCGCAGCUGCCGCCGCCGCUGCCGCAGCGGCUGCCGUUGCCGGGAACGCCAGCGGCGGUUCCACCUCCGGAAGCAGACACAGCGCCUGGCAGUCCCAUUGGUUGAACAAAGGCGCCGAUCAGGCCAAAGACGUGCUCAAGUGCGUCUGGUGCAAGCAAAGCUUUCCAACGCUGGCCGCGAUGACCACGCACAUGAAGGAAGCGAAACACUGCGGCGUGAACAUGCCCGUGCCGGCUGCCGCGUCCGCGCUCCAUCCCCAACAGCCGAGCGUGCCUAGCAUCGUGACGCCUCAACAGCCGCACCAGCAGCUGCCGAACACCGGCUCGGGCAGCAGCGCCGGCUCCGCAGGCGGAGGGGGUGGUUCCGCGACGCCGAGCAGCAAGCAGAGUCCAUCCGAGCUGAAUUUGCUGAUCAAGGAGACGAUGCCGUUGCCGAGGAAGCUGGUCCGCGGGCAAGACGUCUGGCUGGGAAAGGGGGCCGAGCAGACCCGACAGAUUCUCAAGUGCAUGUGGUGCGGCCAGAGCUUCCGCUCUCUCGCCGAGAUGACCUCGCACAUGCAGCAGACGCAACACUACACCAACAUCAUCUCGCAGGAGCAGAUCAUCUCGUGGAAGUCGUCGGACGAGAGCAAAGGUGGCGGCGGUGGGAGCGGCGGCGGUGGUGCCGGGGCCGUGAGCGGCGGAGCCGGGGCUGGUGGAGCGGCGGUGACCGCCGGUGGCGCUUCCGGCACGCACACCGGAAACCCCACCGGUCCUGGUUCCGGUGCGACCAGCAGCCACGUGAGCGCCGUGCUGACCUGCAAGGUCUGCGACCAAGCGUUCAGCUCGCUCAAGGAACUGAGCAACCACAUGGUGAAAAACUCCCACUACAAGGAGCACAUUAUGCGCUCGAUCACCGAAACCGGAGGACGACGACGGCAGACGAGGGAGAAGCGCAAAAAGUCGUUGCCCGUGAGAAAGCUGCUGGAGCUGGAGCGAGCGCAGAACGAGUUCAAGAACGGCGACGCUGCCACCGGGCUGAGCCACGCUCUCGGGAAACACGCAGGCAGGAUAACCUGCGAGAAGUGCGGCGAGAAGAUCGAGACGACCAUCUUCGUCGAUCACAUACGCCAGUGCAUCGGCGCGGGUACCGUGGGCGUGAAUCAACGGAACUUCCUCAAGAACGCGUUGAUGUCGAAUCACCUGCCCGCCACGUUACCGCCCACCGAGAGCGGCCGCAAGAGCGUGACGGAGGACGGCUCCUCGGUGUCCUCGAGGCACCAUCGGUCACCCUCGUCGGCCAGCGACGCGACCACCCCUGGCAAAGACACGCCGACUCCGAGCACCGGCGAGACCACCGGUGGCGGCGGCAGCUCGUCCCCGUCGGUCUUGAACGCCAUCGAGAAGCUGAUCGAGAAGAGCUUCGACUCUCGCGUCAGGCACGGCACACCCGGUCUGCAUCACGCCCAACCCGGUGCCCCGAUGGGCACGAGUAUCUUGAAGCGGUUAGGCAUCGACGAGAGCGUCGACUACACGAAACCGUUGGUCGACCCGCAAACGAUGAAUCUGUUACGGUCCUAUCAGCAGCAUCAGCAUCAGCAUCAGCAUCAGCAUCAGCAACAGCAGCAACAGCAGCAACAGCACUACACCACGAGCGCGGCGGCAAGGCGGGAACGAAGCGGCAGCGAGUCGAGCUCCGUCUCGGAAAGGGGUAGCGCCGGACGAACCGAUGCGAUGACGCCCGAGAGGCGCGUAGAUCUCUCCUCGGUGGGCCACUCGGACACCAGGCAUUCCCAUCAUCAUCAUCAUCAUCAUCGUCGCGUCACGCCGGACAAACAGGUCGGACCGGCGAGCAUGCCCUCCACUCGUCACCAUCCCUCGCCCACGGAAGAGUCCGGGGACGAGGAGACGUCCGCUUCAGGCGCGGUGAGCGCGGCGGGCGUGGUCGUGAAGAAGGAGCCCCGAGACGAGGAGUCGCCGGAGGAACGAAUCGGCAACGAGGAGGAGCAACAGUCGCAGUCGAAUCGCGAGGUUUUCGUCAAGAAGGAGAUCGUGGAGGACUGCAGGGAGGAGGAGGAGCAGCAGCAGCAGCAGCAGCAGCAGCAGCAAGGUUCGUUCAACCAUCGGCGGAGCAGCUUGCACGAAGGAUCGGAGGAGGGCCGGGAGGUGUUGUCACCUCGCAUGAACCCACCGACUCCGAGGUCCAGUGGACAACCGGAGCAACUGGCUCGCAGCCCUUGCAGAAACAGCACCAGCAGUCCGACGAGCAGCGACAGGUCGGUGACGCCCCGCGGAACCCCGGACACCAAGGGCUCGAGCAGCCUCGGAGCGCUCUCCUCGAUCGCGAGAAGGAGCGGCACGAGAGGCGAAGAGGAGGAGGAGGAGGAGGAGGAGGAGGAGGAGACGUAG